GUCCGAAAUUUCAGCAGGUUUACUGCUUACUGCCGCAUGAGUUUAGUUAAACAUGAAUCUACAGAAUUUAUGUUUUGACCUAUUAUUCUAAGUAUAAUAAUGGUUUCAAUACCGUGGACAAUAUUUUUUAUUAUUUAUUUGUUAGUGUAAGUCUUUAAUAAUAUAUUUAACAAAAUAAAUUAAAUGUGAAUAUUUGACUUGUGAAGUGUGAUUUGUGUAGUAAAUUUGUGUGGAUAUGUUUACCACUUUUGGUAAUAUCUUAAAGAAAAAAGCAAUAACGGAAAAUUGCAACGAUGUUUUUAUUAGUGAAUGACUCAUUAAAUAAGGAUUAUGGAUCGAUGGUUUCAGAUACUGACUGCCUUAUAAUGGCAGGGGAGAAAUAUCCAGAGAUAAAGGGCGAGGGCGAAGAACCAACAGGCUAUUAUAAUUAUGGAUUUGACAAGACAGACAUCGAGAAAGAGCUUCCCAAACAGACUGUCAAACAAAUCCAACAUGAAGAAGAGAUACUUAAGUCUGAAAAAUGGUAUAGCAUUCUAACACAAGUUAGCGUUCCUUUCUUCAUAGCUGGUAUAGGUACCAUUGCGGCUGGAACUGUUUUGGCUACUGUAACGACAUACAAAGUAUUUGACGAUAUCAGGGCCUUGUAUGUAUUAGUACCAGCGUUAUUAGGACUAAAAGGAAAUUUGGAUAUGUGCUUGUCAUCAAGACUCUCCACCCGAGCCAACUUAGGACAUAUGGAUGACCGAAGAGAACUACUUAAAAUGGUGGUCGGCAAUAUCGUUUUAGUUCAGAUUCAAGCUAUAGUAGCUUCAUGUAUAGUGUCGGUGUUCGCGACUUCAGCAUCUGCACUAAUAAAUGGAAACUUUCAAUGGAUACAUACUCUGCUGUUAGCUACAGCAAGUACCCUAACGGCAACGAUGUCUUGUUUUAUUUUAGAUAUUUUACUCGUAACUGUGAUCGUAAUAUCGCACAAAAUAAAAUUGAAUCCUGACAACUUAGCAACACCCUUAGCAGCAAGCGUCGGAGACUUGGUUUCUCUGAUUGUUUUGUCCUCGUGGGCUCGAUUAUUGUAUACCAUACAUGAUAAGUAUCCAUGGCUUAUGGGAUUAAUAUUAGGAGGAUAUAUUUUAGUACUCCUACCGCUCUGGAUAUACAUCGUUAAGCGCAAUGAAUAUACCAGAACUAUCUUAACUCAAGGAUGGACUCCAGUUAUUACUGCUUUAUUUAUAAGUGGGACUGGUGGUUUAAUAUUAGAUGUAGGUGUGGAUUCGUUUAAAGGAUACACUGUCUUUCAACCCAUUAUAAAUGGAAUAGGGGGUAAUUUGGUAUCAGUCCAAGUUAGUCGCACAUCGACGAUGCUCCACAAAACAGCAAUUUUUGGUCAAAUGCCAUCAAUAACAAAACAGUUAGUUUGGCCGUGGACGGCUUUAAUUAAAGGAGUUCAUCCUGCAAAGACAGCUCGCCUGCUCAUCCUCUUAUCCAUUCCUGGCCACACAAUAUUUGUCUUCGCCGCAGACUUUUUUUACAAUAAGGAAUCAACAGUUACUCCUACAUUUGUCUUCAUGUACCUGACAGUUGGUCUCAUACAACUAGUAAUCCUUCUUUACGGAUGCCAUCUUCUAGUCCAUACGAUGUGGAGGUUCAAAAGGGAUCCAGACAACUCCGCUAUCCCCUAUUUGACAGCAAUCGGGGAUCUUAGCGGGUCUGGCUUUUUAUUAAUAGGAUUUAUUAUUUUAAGAAGUUUUCAUGCUGAAUAUAAGCCAGUGGUAUGAAAUAUGUACCUAUAGAGCGUUUCACGUUAACAAUUAAUAGAACAUUGCGGAGAUAUUCCCAUGUAUUUCUUAUGGACGAUAAAAGUGCGCCGACACCACGGCGUACUGACUAGAUUGAAUCGUAUAACGGCAGUCGAAUAUCCACACGUGCGCGAGAGGUUUGGCAACACUGAUCUCCGUAAGCGUAAUGUUCUAUUCUUAACGUCAAACAAAGUAUAGGUAUAAAGUCAAAGUGUACACGAAGGUUAGUUUUGCAACGAACCAAGCCAUUGAUGCUCACCAGUGAUAGAACUAAGUACAUAGGAGUCUGUGAGUCUAGUUGUAGUUUAUUUAUUGUGUUAUUAUAUUAUUGACAUACUUGUUAAUUUAUGCAACGAUGAAAAUGUCAAGCUUAAUAGGCCUGGAUCCCGCGUACCAAAAAAAAGUUGAAUAAUCAAGUCCAAUUGAUUUCCUACCCUUUCAUUAAACUCUCAUGCAAAAUCAGACUGGCAUUAUUUAUCACCAACUGGGCAUUUUACACUCAACGAAAAAGGUACGUAAUAUCAAUAAAAUUGUUAAUUCAGACAACAAACGCAAUACUUAAAAUUUGUCCAAUUCUUGGUUUUAUUGGGACAACAAAACGAUGUUCAUCAAUUCAUUAUUUUCGUUCGUUGAGCCAAUGUAUUACGUUUAUUGAAUGGACGAACAUUCAUUAUGUAUACCAUAAUAUCACUUUAUUGGUAUUACGAAAUCUGUUCACUGAGUCAACGAACACUAUUUAUUGAUAUUACGUACUCUGUUCACUGAGUCAACGAACACUAUUUAUUAAAACAACAACGUCGUUAAUUGACCGACGAAGACUAUUCGUUGUGUCAAUAAGAGUGUUAUUUCUCCUAACGUAUUUCGUUUAUUUCUACAAUUAUUUCCGUUUAUUGUUACAAUUAAUUCCGUUAAUUCCCACAAUAAAUACGGUUUUUCUUACAAUCAAUUCUAUUCAUUCUUACAAUCAGUUUCGUUCAUUCCUACUAUGAACGUAUUUUAUAUUAAUAAUUACUGAAUGCAAUAGCCCAAUGUAUGAUAUUAAUUGAUUAAUAAUAAUUUUUUAAAUCCCCCUUUUUUGUCCUUAACCUAAAGGACUUUACACUGUGUGAUUUUUCAUAUGAUUUCACUUAUACAGUGUACUGGAAUAAGUGUUACACCCCCCGCCCCCUUAUUAACAUUUGUACAUUGUUUUAAUGAAAUAUGUACGUUGUCACGAUAAACCAAGGUAAUUGCUUGUCAUCUACGAAAUAAAGAAGGUGAGUUGCUGCCAGAAUUAACAGUAUUUAUUAAAUAUACGAAACUAAGUUAUUGGCUGAAUAAAUUGAGUGUUAUUGAUUAAUGUACUCUAGUUAUUCUCACAAUUAUUAUUCAAUCAUUGUGACAAUAACCAAAUACAUUCGUCAAUGUCUAAAAGUUCGUUGAAACAACCAAUUAAAUUGUUGUGACAACGAAAUACUAUUCAGUAAUCACUGUUAAUCACUAUUACGAACUAAAUUUUUUUGAGUGUAAUAAUGGUAGGGGAGCAAAGUAUGCUAAAUGUGCAGUCACUCAAGCGUUAUGGGUUGUGAAGAGUGGGUCCUAAUACCAAAAAAAGUUAAGUAAAGUUUUCAAUUUUAGUGGGGACUUUCCAUUUUUAAUUUAAUUUUCUUAUCUAUCCAUAAUUCGAAAAAAUGUCUCGAAUAAAAGUUACUUAUUUUUACGUAGGGAAUCCAAAUCUGCAAUAAAAAAUGGGGCUCCUAUUUAAGAUUUUAAAGUAAACCCCAGCCUACCUCCUUGGGGGUCGUGUUUGGUUCAUUCGAUAUAUUUUUCAAGAACAUUGAAUAAGUGUAUUUUUCAGUUUUUCGAUCUGAUUUUCCUUUCGCGAAAUAUCGCGAGAUUCGUAUUUAAAAUUUUUAAUUUAGCCCCCCCUCUCCGUGGGAAGUAGAGUUUGAUAUCUUUCGAUAGAUUUUUGAAAAAUAUUGAGAACGUAUUUUUUAGUUUUUCAAUCUGUUAUUCAUUUCACGAAAGUAUUCGCUUUUUACUUAUGAAACUUUGGGACUCACCCAUUUCCUUACGCCCAGCCCAAAUGGUCAGAUUUUUGAAAUAUACACUGUUUUGCAUGCACUUAACUUACCUCAUCUUAAUCUGAGGAUUUCGAGUUUUUCUUAGGAUAUAUUUUUUUCAGCUCCCCUUUAACGAACUCCCUUGCAUUAAGAGCCAAUAUAUGGUAGAGGUACAUUUUCAGGGUACAAAGUUUUUCCCCAUGUAAUAAUCUGACGCGCUCGAGUAACUGCAAAAAUCCCCGCUUCGGCUCCCCUACCAUAAGUCCGACACGUAGAACAUGCCAAAUUAGAGGAAUUAUGUUGGUGAUACGUAGCAGUCUGAUUUUUGCAUGGGAGUUUAAUGAAAGGGUAACAAAUCAAUAUAAUUGGAAGUUCUCUCCGACAAAAUACAUGGGACGUUUUCGUAGUCUGACGUUCCAAAUGUUAAACCUGUUCCACAAUUAAAACUUCCCCUGUUCCAGUGUUCCCGUACAUCAAAAUUUGUCCGACUAGACACCGUUAAGCUAUUAACAAAUUUUCAGCUUGCUAUUAAUCAACUUUUUUUGGUACGCGGGAUCCAGGCCUAUAAGCAAGAAAUAUAGUUUUUGUUUAUUAUAACGCAUUUAUUUAUAUUUUUGUUCAUUUUUCAUGACGUUGAGACUAAUAAACUCGAUUUUAUUUUGUUGACUGAAAACUAAGAACAAUUAUUAAUGUAGGAUCUAUGGAUAUUUUAGACCACAAAAAGCAAUUUUAAGAUAUCUUUAUCAUUAAACAGAUAGCACUAAUAAAAUAAUAUAUAGUAAAAAAACAUAUAUAGUAAAAUCUAUCCUCUCUUUUCUUCUUCUUAAGGAUAUAGUGGCGUCAUGUAUUUUGUUUGACUAUUUCUGUCCAGUUCUCUCUCUCCUGUGCGGGUUGUUUUGCUUCGAAGAAUGAGUAACCAGUCAUGAUCUUUAUUUAGUAUGACCAUCGUACUGAAGAUCUUCCUCUGGAUCUUUUUCCCACUCGUUGUCUUCAUCUAUCAUUCGUUCCAUGCCUUCUGUUCUGCUGGUUAUAUUUCCAAAAUAUCUCAGUACAUUUUGGUUGAUUGUUGUGGUAUAUAGUAUUUUUGUUAAGUUCUUCCAGUAUUGAAUUAUUUAUGCGAUGCGCAAUCCAUGGUAUGCGCAACAUUCUACGGUAGACCCUCAUUUCAAAUGCAAUAAUUAUAAUACGCUUCACUACAUACGCUGACUAUAUUUGCCACCCAAAACGAAUGAUAUUAAUAGUAUCGUAUAAUAUAAAUCAAUUAAUUUUUUAGAAUUUUUUUAAUACAUAAACAUACGUUUAUAAUUUAGAGUGAAUAGCUUUAGUGAUAAAUUAAAUAGGUGCGUUGUAUCAUUCAGGAAAUUAUAUUUUAAUGUUUUUGAAUACUCUAUUAUUACAGAGUAAAUGCAAUACAUCCUUCCAUAAAAUAUUUACUUAAAUACAUGGUCAUUCAUUAAGAAUGUCCAAUCUCAGAGGUGUAGAUUUUAGACGUAAAAAUAUUAAGAUUUACCCAAAUCACUUAAAUAAAAUGUGCCUUGUUAUUGAGCUACAGGGUGUUUUAUUUAAAAAUUUAAUAACUUUUCUUACCCAGUACUUUAAAACUUUUUGACAUAAUAGCAUGCGAUACGUUGCAGGAAGUGUAGUUACCGCACUCCCGUCCAAUUUUGAUAAACAAACCUUUCUGGCAACUACCAGAGGCGUAAAACAGGGGAAAGUGUAUGGCUGACCCUUCCACACAUUCUAAGAAAAUGGCAUAAUUACUAUUUUAGUACAAUUUUUCGAUUCUCCAACUUCUAUUCAAUUAUUAUACUAUUCAUUCUUACCGACAAAUUCAUUAGUUUUCGAGAAACUUAAAGUUAAAAAUGAAGGGGCACAAUAAAUUCUUCAAAAGAGCUGUGCCGUUGCAUUUUCAACUUCAAAUAUCUCGAAAACUAAUGAUAUUAUCGUUACGAAUAAAGAGUAUAUUAUUUACCCAGAAAAGAGUGAACUAUAGAAAUAUUGUACUAAAAUAGCAGUUGCGCUAAUGGCGUAGAUUUUGGGAAGGGUAACCCAAGUAGCAAUUUUUCGACGCAUUGGUUGUCAGUACAAACAAAUGCACUGUAUACAACGUUGCCCAAGAGUAUUCUCAGUUGUUUCGGCCAACGUCCCCUACCCCGACUGACAUUACGAUGUUACAACGUUAAGUAAUACCUUUAGUUUUAGUUAUACGGGCAACUAAUUUAUUACCAUUGUGACAACUACAUAUCACAGUUCAGUUUUUUCAACAAUCGCAACGACUUAAAAAUGUUAUAAUGCUAAAGUAAUUUACGCCCUGGCCGACUCUGAAGUUGAGUAGUUGUCUGUCACGUCACGACCCUAGGUGUUGUUCUAAAGGUGUGACACGUUUGCGGCAACUUCCAGAGGAGAAAAAGAAUUUCCUUUAUAACUUUAUUUUUCCUUAUUAUUAUAUAUUUUAUUUUGAUGGAAAUUUUCGAUUUAUUUAACAACCUGUUUAUUUGUUUUCUUAAUAGCUGGUUUCUAUUCCAUUGUUUUAUCAGCAGAUUUGAGAUUUGAUAACCUUUUAAUCUUUGUAUCAGCUUUGGCAGACAGGGUUGCCAGGUCAGUUUUUACUCUUUCAGUAGUUUUGUUUUCACAAAAUCAGGAGAUUCUUUUUAGGCCAUGUAAAUAUAGUAAUACAGUGAUAUGCACAUCCGUCCUAAAUGUCUCAAGAGGAAUUCCACAAAAUUGGAAACCUCAUUAUUCCAAACCACCAACUGGUAAUUACCAUUUUUUAGCUAAAAUCUACUAAAUCAAAAACUGAAAUAUACUUAAGGAUUUUUGGGAUAUAUAUGGGAUUUUUUAUAAUAAAAACAACAGCUAACUUAAGGGGAUAGGCGCAAAAUGCCGUCUGUUAAAAUGUUCAAUGUAUAUUAAAUGUUUUCAUUUUUUGCGAAUCCUUAGAAAACUAAGUAUUUUUGAAAAAUUUAAACGCAGAAAGAAAGAUUACGUUAUUUCCGAGGACCGAAAGUCCCUGAAAACUUCUAUAAUGUUUAUUUUAUUGAGUUACAGGGGUGAAAAAAGAAAAAAAUUAGUGUGACUUUUAAUUCCAAAUAUCUCGUUCAAAAGAAACGUUUUGGUUUUUCUAAAUAAUGCAGUCUUUCAUUCUGCGUUUAAAUUUUUCAAAAAUACCUAUUAUAGUUUCCUCAUGGUUCGAAAAAAAUUGAUCAAAUUCUGUUGAAAUAUACCAAAAAUCUACUAAAAAAUUGCCUACUAGAAUAUUUUAAAAAAUAUCAAAAAUCUACCAAAAAUGUAGAAAUCUACUAAAUGUGGCAACGCUGUUAAGGAGAAUGAUACACUUUUGACACUGGUCACAUGACCUCUGUCACCCAAUAAGAGGGUGCGUUCUAAAAUGGUUUUGAUAGUCGGCGCGGCCGGGUUUGGUUGGCGAUUGGAAUUCUAAGUUGUCUUAUCCGUCUAAGGUUGGUAAUAAGGUAUUUUUUAGUAAUAUUGGUAAUAUUGUUUAAUGCGCCAUUUUGGUUUUACUUGAGAUUUUUGUGAUGUAACGAAAAUGAAAACACAGAAUAUAAAAAAUGCAGGCAUUUUCUGAUACCUUUAAAAGCACCAUCAAUACAUUAAAUUUAUACAGAACAUCUUUAACAUAAAUUUUGACUUUUAUAUUAAAAUUUAAUUUUUUAAAUUUGCAUAUUUUUUCUCAAAAAUGUCAUAAAAAAGGAGCGCGUGUGUUUUUUAAAGGUGAAAUAUCCAUAUUGGACGGUAAUCUGAGAUGCGUUUAUAAAUUUCACAUCAGGUAAUAAGUCCUUUAUAUAUUUAUAUAAAUUUAAAUACCCAAUACGAUGUCAAAACAAAACAGUUUACUUUUUGUUAUUCGCAUUCACCAUACAGAUGUUAAAAAUAUAGGUAAAAAAACAUAACUAGUCCGACACCUUGAGCAACCAUUGCACGCGCAGGUACUUUUUAUAGUCGCUUCAGUUGUCUUAUGCAACGCUUACAAAACGAUGUUGCUUAAAGAGGAGGUUGCCUAGGCAACGUCAAGACAACUCAAAAAUCGUCCACCAAAUCAGUGCAGAAUAUGGUCGUCUUCUAGGCAAUAACAACGUUGUAAGAAAACGUUGCCACGCGGUAGACAACGUUGUCGCGUCGACAAAUUGCUACUUGAGAAACCAUUCACUGUCCCCCGUCGUACGUCUCUGGAAGUAGCCAGAAACUUAUGUUAAUCAUAAUUUAGUAGCGUGUAUGGUAAGUGCUUUCUGCAAAGUAUGACAAGGACUUGUCAAAUAGUUUUAGAGUACUGAGUAAAAAUAAUUAUUAAAUUUUUAAAUAAAUAAUUUUUGAGUAACUCAAUAACGUGACAUAUUUUAUUUAAGCGAUUUGGGUUAAAUCUUAAUAUUUUGAGGUCUAGAAUCUACAACUUAGAGAUUGGACAUUAUUAAUGAAUCACCCUGUAGAGACUUAAUGAAAUAUAUGAAGGUCUGUUUUGCCUAUAGAAUAUUUUCGUAUACAGUUAUUUUUCUUAUCUAUUUUCUCACUCACUCCACAAGUUGUUGUUUGUUCUGAAAGCUGGUGUUAUUUCUUUUUUUUUAUAUGUAUGGCUAUUUUAGUUGGUUAUUAUUUUACCUGCUAAAUUGUUAAUACUUUUGACAAUGAAUUUUUAUAAUCUGUUUAAUCCAUAAAUUAGAACAAAUUAGCAUAAUAUUAUAAAAAAAAUGAAAAUUAAGAAAAUAAAAAAUUAACAAUCUCAGAGAAGUUAAAUAUUUAAGUGAUUGAUAAAAUAGAUUAGAAACAUUCCGCGAAAGAAUACUAUAGGAUGUCUGCAAAUUCUUAGACAAUUGUCUUAUUUAUACAAUUUCUUGUAUUCUCCACAUGAUUUUCGUGAUAAAAAUGUAUGUACUUAAACAAAAUGUGAUUUUAUUGGAGACAAUAAUUUGUGUAUGAUUAAACGUUUGAUACUCAAACUUGUCUUACAGAGAUAUUUUUUUUAAUAAAGUAUUUGUGUUU